CUACACAUAUGAGGAUGAAGAGGGUGUGUUUCCAGAAAGCCAGUUUGUCUUUGAUUUGGAACUUCCUUUGGAGUUUAAGCCCAUAAUAGGGGAUGGAGAGGUGCAGGAGUUUUACCUCCUCCCCAUAGAUAAGGUGAAGGAACUGCUGGCCACUGAUGACUUCAAACCCAACUCUGCCAUGGUAGUCUUGGACUUUCUCAUAAGACACUCGUACAUUGACCCUGACACAGAGCCGUACUAUCAGGACUUUGUGACAGGACUCCACCAGAUAUUAUAGAAAGAAGAUGAAGAUUAAACUCACUGUGCCUGAGGCACCAUAUGUCAUGUGGUGCCAACAUUGUUGUUCACAUUUACAGUUGCAAGAAACAUCAUAAAAAUGUGAACUUUUCUUUAGUGUUUCUUUAGAAACACUAAAGAAAAGUCAUACACUUUAUUGUACAACAUGUUAAUAUUAAAUAUAGUGAGUUAUUAUAUUUCACAGGUGUUUUUCAUGCAGUUUUGUUCAGUGGGCUCAGCCUGAUAACUGCAGGUGAGUGGUUCAGAGGAUGGCUGAACCACAUGAGUGCUGGAUUUAAGAAUGACAUGUAAGAGUUAUCAUGCACAACACUUUGCAGGUGUCAUGCAGACCUCAGAGUAAAUAUGCUCUGUAUUAUCUCUAGUCAUAGUACGACCUUUUAAGUUCAAAGUGCAAUAUCAGUUUCUGCACUUCAACCCAUUAAAUGCAGUAAUCAUACUUGAUUCAAAUCUAGUCAUCUCCUUAUAUACUGCAAGUCUAUAGGAUAAAAAUAUAGAGAAGAAAAAUAUGUUAUGUUAUUCUUUUGAGUAUGUAGAGCUCAAAGAGAAGAUAAGCAACCUCAUUAGAGUAAAGCACACAUGGAUAUUUGCUGUGUAGGCGGGUGGUUUGUGGGAUCCAGCACUGGUCACAUAAACCUGACAGAGCGUGGAGCUGUGUUUGGUACUGCUGAAAAACUGUGUACACAGUGAUAUAUACGACAAUAUACACAUAUAACACUCCAAAAGAAGAAUGUUUUGAGAUUCCUCACAGCAAUAAAGUGGAACUUGCGAGUUCAUCUUUAUUUAUUGGUGCUUUCUGUUGUAAAAUCUUAAGAGUGUUCACUGGACCAGUCUUCAUCACAGGUUUUUCUACAGUUGCUCGUGACACUUGCACAGUAACGAAGAACAACUUUGGACCAGUCCUUCUGCGAGGUGUUUCAGUUCAUCAACAGUUAUGGAAUAUCUUGAUUAUAAAAUAUCAUCGCAUCAUGCUACACCACCUCAUGUGGGUUAAGCACAGGCCUCCCUGAUUUUUUUUUUGAACAAUUCUGAUAUUAAUUUACAUCCAUGCUUUGGGUAAUUUAUCUUAUUUCAUCAAACUGUCCUAAGAUUCAACUUGUGAAUCGCUCGCUAGAUCCAGUGCAAAUAAUCAGACUCAUUGAUUCAAUUUAUUGUUCCUUUAAUGACUGUAAAGCCUCAGAUGUACUUCCACUUGCAUGCCCACUAGUGUCAGACUUUAAAGUAAUGACUCCUCGGGGUCUCCAGUUGUCUGUGUCCACAAUGGAAUAUAUUUGAGGAUGAAGAGAUCAGGCGUUGAUCCCAAAACAUGCUUCCUCCACCAUAUGUCAGUGUUGGGAUGAGGUUUGAUGUGCAGUGCAUUGUUUUUGAAAAAACAGCAACAGUCAUUUUAUCCGCUGAACUGCUAAACUGUAAGGUUUUUAGAAUGGCUUUCAUAACCUUCUCCAGCCUCUCUGCAUCUCUCUGCAUCUAAAGCCCUUAAAUGUGGGGCUCACACACACUUACAUCAUAAGUCUGCCAAGUGUUGGCCAGUAAUUACACUGUGGUUUUUAUGUUAUUUUUCCUUUGUGAGGCAAAAACUAGACUCAUUGCUUAUCUGGAAUACUUGAAUAUUAUAACAGUUGAAUGUUUGCAGUAUGGAGUUGGGAUUAAACUUGGCUAUUGAUGAGGUUAUAGCAUCGAUGGGGAAUAUGUUCCUGUUAUACGUUUGCAGACACAUGGACAUCUACACAGACCAUCAUGCUCACCAUCUUGAGCCAAGACUUGGACACUCUUAAGUGGGUAAGAGGACAAAACACAUGAGAAGUGACACACACAGCAGAUUUGGUCAUUCUCAAAUGUAUUUCCUUUAGAAAACUUUACAAAAGACUACUGGAUAUAAAAGAAUAUUUUGCUUACAAAUAACCAAUCCUAUAGAAGAUCCUUGCAUUUUGCAUUUCAGAAUUUGGACAUUGUGUGUUUUUAUAUGACACAGACAUUUGAAGCUAUGUGCAAAUAAUACAAAAGUAAGCUGAUGGAAUAUCCCAUAGUUAAAAUAGCAUACAAUGGAAUGCAGAGCAGGAAAGAAAAACAAAACAUAUAGGUACACUAUAAAUGUUCAAACUUGUACUUAAAUAAUGAGUUACAUAUUAGCCUCACAACAUGCUUUAAAGUAGCAUAAUGUAAAUUUCCAGAGCCCUAAUUCCAUCAGUACAACACAAAGAUAUUAGAAGAGAAACACUGUUCUUUACCAAGUGUGUCCAGUCUUAAAAGCCUUCUAGUUACAGUCUAACUGUAGCACUGAUGGAAUUAGUGUUGUAGAAAUUGUACAUUAUAUUAACUCUUCAAGACAGCAGGUGAACAAGACCGGAUCAGAAACAUGGAGGUGUCGCAUUAAAACUGGAACUGCUCGACUCGAACACAAUCCUUUCUUCUAUAAACAUCCACUCCUCUGUGUCAGAGGUACACCGAGGCCUCUUUAAUAUCUGACAGUUAACAAAAACUCUGUUCAGGAUCAUUUGCCUUUGUUAGCGCUUCUAUAGCCAACUACAUACAGUGUUAGACAGUCCACAUCAGUUUAAUGACUUGAAAAACAAAAUCGAGCAAUCAAAUUUUGAAAAGUUGUACAAAACACUGGUAAUUUAAUCUUACACACAAGGUCUGGCAUCACACAAAGUCCUUGUUUUGAAAGAGAAGCGCAGACUUUUAUUUU